CAGUGAUGGUCUACUGGGUGUCAGCUUUUAUUGGCACGAUACAAAGCAAUGUGCCAAGGGCUGCCGCUUCGACUCCCUGAGCAGAAUCGGCCUCUGGAAUAAAAGCUUGCAAAAUGCUCCGUUUGAGAACAGAGACAUAGCAAUGUUAGGCUGGAACGAGGAAGUGCAGUGGAGAGGGGAGGGACCGAGGGCAGAGUUCCAUAGUGCUGCAGCGGCGCUACGAACUUCUGCACAUGGAGCGGGGGAGAGUUGGAAGAGCUUCAUAUUGCAAAGUCAAGGAAUAGCAGAGUACCUGCAGAGAAUGGAGACUGAAGAGGCCCAGGAAAUGACCCAGAUGCCAGAGAGUGAUGUCAGUAUGACUGCCGGUCCUUUCUCAGGCCGGGACAGUCCCCCUGCCAAUGAGGCAUCGGAGGAGACAGAUGAGGCCAUGCCUGUGCCAGAGGACCUGUCUGCCACCUCUGGCCUCCAGCAGAACAACAGGACUGACAAAGGCUUGGCCUGCAAUAUUAAAGUUGAGGCUCGGAGUGACGAGGAGAAUGGGAUGGCCUGUGAGGCGAAUGGCGAGGAGGAGGAGGAGGAAGGGGCGGAAGACUUGCGCGUGCUGGAUGCCUCGGGCGCCAAAGUGAACGGCAGCCACGCCGGGCCCGACAGCAAGGCGGCCUACUCGGCGGCCGGCGGCAUCCGCCUCCCCAACGGGAAGCUCAAGUGCGAUAUCUGUGGGAUAGUUUGCAUUGGCCCCAAUGUGCUGAUGGUGCACAAGCGAAGCCACACUGGGGAGCGGCCCUUUCAGUGUAACCAGUGUGGGGCCUCUUUCACUCAGAAGGGCAACCUGCUGCGCCACAUCAAACUCCACUCUGGAGAGAAGCCCUUCAAGUGUCAUCUGUGCAACUACGCCUGUCGCCGUCGAGAUGCACUGACAGGCCACCUGCGCACACACUCUGUUGGAAAACCCCACAAGUGUGCUUACUGUGGGCGGAGCUACAAGCAGCGUAGCUCGUUAGAGGAACACAAGGAGAGAUGCCACAACUACCUGCAAUGCAUGGGACUCCAGAACAGCAUCUAUACAGUAGUAAAGGAAGAAAGCAACCAGAGUGAGCAGAGGGAGGACAUAAGCCUGACGGGACGGGAGAGGGCCUUGGUGCUAGACAGGCUAGCUAAUAAUGUAGCCAAGCGAAAGAGCUCUAUGCCACAGAAGUUUGUGGGUGAAAAGCGGUUGUCAGACUUGUCGUUUGAGGGCAGUGGCGGGGAGCUGAUGCAGCCACACGUGAUUGACCAGGCCAUCAACAGUGCCAUCAGCUACCUGGGGGCCGAGUCCCUGCGGCCGCUGGUGCAGACCUCCCCCGGCUCCUCGUCCGACGUGGUGGUCAGCCCCCUCUACCAGCUGCACAAGUCCUCGGCUGACGGCGGCCUGUCGGCCAAAGACAGUGCCGCCGAGAACCUGCUGCUGCUCUCCAAGUCCAAGUCGGCGUCCAGCGAGAAGGAGGGCUCGCCCAGCCCCAGCGGCCAGGACUCCACCGACACCGAGAGCAACAACGAGGACCGGCCGGUCGGAGGGGGAGGCCCCGGGGCGGCCAGCGCCGGCCUCAUCUACCUGACCAACCACAUGGCGCCGGGGAUGCGCAACGGUGGUGCCCUGCCCCUGGUGAAGGAGGAGCAGCGGCAGUUCGAGGCGCUGCGCACGGCCGGCGUGGACCUCAGUGUGGCCGUGGGCUCCGAGGGCUUCAAGGUGCUGAGCGGGGAGGGCAAGGAGGUGCGGACGUACUGCUGCGUCCACUGCCGCGUGCUCUUCCUCGACCACGUCAUGUAUACCAUCCACAUGGGAUGCCACGGCUUCAGGGACCCGUUCGAGUGCAACCUGUGCGGCUACCACAGCCAGGACCGCUACGAAUUCUCCUCUCACAUGACGCGCGGAGAGCAUCGAUACUAAGCACACAAACACACACACACACACACACACACACACACACACACACACACACACACACACACAC